AAACUGCCAAAUCCAUCACAUGCGCGGCACAGGCAGACCAUCGUCGUCUCGUCUCCACGUGAUGCCAUCUCAUCUCUCACACACGACAGUAGCAGUAGCUACUUUUACCGUCGUUAGCUGCAGGCGCUAGCGCUAGCUUGACACUCCCUCAGUCACACUCCUGCAACUGCAAACGCAAACAAGCUCGCACCAUUGCUAGCUAGCUGCUGCAUCUGAAACAUCGUAGCAGAGCAGAUCUCCCUGAAUCAGCUGCCCCCCGAUGCAGAAGCUUCAGCUCGUCAACCCAUCCGCGGUGUCCCUCCCGGUGCUGGUCAUCGUCCUCUUCCUCGUCAACGCGCGCCACCACCCUUCUUUCCUUGACACCACUACCUACGGCUCCGGCUUCGUCUCGAUCUCGUCAGAUCCUUGGCGUCCAGCCGUGGUGGCGCCCACACGCGCCGUCGCCCGGGUGCCCGAGGAAUGCGACAUGUUCCGGGGCGAGUGGGUGCCCGACGAUGAGGCGCCCUACUACACGAACCAGAGCUGCGCGCUGAUCCAGGAACACCAGAACUGCAUCAAGUACGGCCGGCCGGACCUCGGGUUCCUCCGGUGGCGGUGGCGGCCGGCGGAAUGCGAGCUCCCGCGGUUCGACGCGGCGGGGUUCCUAGACGUCGUCAGGGGCCGCUCGUUGGCCUUCGUCGGGGACUCGCUCGCCAGGAACCACAUGCAGUCCCUCAUGUGCCUCCUGUCCAAGGUGGAGUACCCGAAAGACAUCUCCAAGACGAAGGAUCAGCAGUUCAGAACGAUGCGCUACGAGUCGUACAACUUCACCGUCUCCGUCUUCUGGUCCCCGUUCCUCGUGAAGGCGAACCAGUCGUCGCACGACGGCGGCGGCGGGCGGCUGUGGAACCUGUACCUGGACGAGCCGGACGACGCGUGGGUGUCCGGCGUGUGGAGCUCCACGGACUACGUGGUCAUCUCGGCGGCCAACUGGUUCACGCGGCCGUCCAUGUUCUACGAGUCCGGCCGCCUGGUUGCCUGCCACUACUGCCUCGUCCCGGGCGUCCCGGACCUCACGCUGCGCUACUCGCUGCGUAUGGCCUUCCGCACCGCGCUGCGGGCGCUCACCGGCGGCGGAUUCAACGGGACGGCGAUCGUGCGGACGGUGUCGCCGACGUCGCACUUCGAGGGCGGGGAGUGGGACAAGGGCGGCGACUGCACGAGGACCCGGCCGUACGUUAACGGGACGGGCUCGUCGCGCUUGGCCGGGCUGGACCUCGACUUCCACACGGCGCAGGUGGAGGAGUUCGCGGAAGCGGCGGAGAAGAGGAAGGGGAGGCUGAUGCUGAUGGACACGACGGAGGCGAUGCUGCUGCGGCCGGACGGGCACCCGAGCCGGUACGGCCACUGGGCGCACGAGAACGUGACGCUGUACAAGGACUGCGUGCACUGGUGCCUGCCCGGCCCGAUCGACGUGUGGAACGAGAUGCUGCUCCAGAUGAUACUGCGUUCAUCAGUUGUUCGAUGACACUAUCUGUCGUUGGUCCUUUUCUGGUUUAUGCGCUGUGGUUCUCAAAUUGUUACGGGAAUGUAGGCGUGGAAAUUAAAUGGCUGCACGUUUUUGGGACGAGUUACGCUAACGCCCGCCGCACGGGUGUUGAAUUACGAGGGACAUAACUAGGCGUACGACUCUACGAGAUUGCAAAAGAAAAAAAAGAGUGUAUAUUACGACUCUAUGAGUUUCUGGUCCGAUCUCCACUAAUGCAUGCCCUUUUUUUUGUA